GACAGAGAAACCUAAAUCAAGAGAUACAGAAGGAUAAAAAAAAAAAAAAAAAAAAAGUCCACACAACACCCCUCUUUUCUUCCUCUUCUUCUUCUCCUUCUUAUUCUCCCUUCUCUACACCAACCAACCGAAGAACGAAUAGAAAGAAAACCAAAUAAAGAAGAGAAGAGAAGAAUAUCCAACAAAACUUAAAAGACCUAGAGACGUUCCCCAAAGGUACGACCGCCCCGACGACCCCGCGACGACCCCCUACCUUCCUCCUCUCGGGAAAGCAUGAGGACCCUAACUACCCUCGUGGUCGUGGCCCUCCUCGCGACGGCGUCCAAGGCAGGAGAACGACCUAGCUUGUACAAACGUGGCCAGCUGGUCCACGUCUGCACGCCCAGGGAUGUGAAGAUGAUGGCACGCUUCGUCUGCAGUCUCCAUCGGCGCUCCGUGCGGUCCGCCUCCUCCUCCUCCUCCUCCUCCGCCUUCGUCAGUGGGCCGCUGUUCAGGAUCCCAGAAUUUUACAACCGACCUCCUUCCAGAGUGAUUAAAUGCAAUGAAAAUGGUGAAGACUGCCCCCCUCUGUACGACCCCGCCUACGACAGCGCCCCCUACCUGCUCCCGCCCUCAGGAGACGUAAGGACGAACCUCAUCAAGCGAGAUAAGGAAGUCGUCAGGGCGGUUGGGCUGACGAUUGCUGACGUUCGAAGGAAGUGCUGCCUGAACGGGUGUCUGCCGGAGGAUUUCUACGGGGCCUGUCGCUAAAUUACUGCUGACGACGAUGACGAUACA